UUCACAUUUUACAACCAUCCGUUCCCUCUCUCAAACACCGGUGAGAAACUGCUUUUCAUUUUCACUUCUUCCCUCUUUAUCAUUCCUACCCUCUUUCAUUUACUGGUAAACAUCAUUAACUAAUGCUUUUAAACAUCACAAAAUUCUGAAGAUGGAAACACCUAUUCAUCAAGUCCUGAAAAUGGAAAGACCUAAAGAGUUCAUUGCUGCUAUCACAGAUCAAAAAGAUUUGUGGAAGCUGUCAGUUCGAGUCAAAGAUAAAUGGACAGUAGUGAAGGAUGGAAAAGAACAUUUGGAAUUGCUGAUUGUUGAUGCUAAGGGCCAUGAUAUUCAAGUACUCAUUCCAACUGCAUACAAAUCUGUUUAUGACAAAACACUUGAAGUUAAUUCUACAUAUACCUUAACUAACUUUCAUGUGGUCAAGAAUGAUGUGUUGUUUAAAGUUUCUGAUCAUAAGUACAAGUUAAUAUGGACUGGUGGAACAACUGCUGUUGAUGUCAACCUCAAUGACAUCUCUAAUACGCACAUCAAGUAUAAGCCUUUUGCUGAAAUAGUUUCCAGCAAAUGGCGACCUGACCUAUUAGUUAAUGUCAUUGGAGUUGUUCAGGACAUGGGUUACUGUCAACUAAAUGAAGGGAAAAAGCUUCAAGUCAAUUUCACUAUGAAAGAUAUAAGUGAUAUUGUUCUGAACUGUACUCUGUGGGAGGAGUAUGCUCCGAAGUUUGUUCAAUAUAACAGUGAUAGGAAAGAGGCUGGUCUAGUCAUUGUUCUACUGAAGUAUUGCAAAAUCAAGGAAGAAGGACGCUACCCACUGAGUGUUUCGAACACUUACUCCUUCACUAAAUUGUUUAUCAAUGAUGACAUGCCUGAGAUCAACAUGUUCAGGGAAAGUUUGCCUAAAGAUGACCAGACUAUGUCUUAGAGGAUGGAGAGCAUUUUGCUUGACCAAUCGGAUAUAUCCAAAUAGCAUACUUGAGUUUAAGUGCGACUCUAUCAUGGCUAAAAACAUUGUUUCCGUCUCCAAAUUUUCUAGACGUUAUUAAAAU